CAAGUAAAAGGUAGUACAGUACAUAUCCAAGUCGUGUGUUAUCAUGCAUUUACCGAAUGAUGUCAAGAUUCCGCCAUCCCCCAAGCCUGUUUCAAACAGCCGAGCUACGAAUGUGCCCUUAGCAGUUUCUUGCAACAACACCGUAUAUCUUAACGACAGACACAACCACCAAUCGAUCACGACUACUACCUACCCUAGGUACAUAUAUGCGCAACUCUUCUUCCGUACUCUAUUCCCAUGAACCGACCAACCAACUAAUAUCCACCCAUCCAUAUGUCCGCAUCCGAGGGCUCCUUUAACCCCCCUUCUUCCUCCCUCUCCCCAGCCCGCACCUCCCCCCCGCGAUCUCAGUCUCAAUCCCAACCCCAACCCCAAUCUCAAACCAAGGGAUCCCAAUCUCCAUCUGCAUCCUCUUAUCUCACCUACCCCGUCAGCCAUGUCGUCUCCGGCCUCUACAGACGCCUUACAGAGCCCACCCCCUCGGGCUCCACCUCCAAAAAGCCCUCCCUAGACCCCAUGAGCGUCUCCGAAAUCUACAACCCCCCACACCGCACCGCGUCCCCCUUCCAGCCACCCCCCCUCACUCCUCUAACUCUUAAAGCAGCGGGAAGCCCCUCCCGGAUUUUCCUCACACGCUCCCUAGCGGAGGAAAUCCGGCUACUGGUCCCACCCCGUCUGCAGCUGCUGGAUACCUGGCAGCUGGCUUAUAGCCUGGAUAGAGAUGGCUCGAGCCUGCUGACGCUGUAUGACAAGUGUAGAGAGUUUGGGAAUAAGAGCCAGAGGGCCGGGUAUGUGCUCGUUGUGAAGGAUUCGUCAACCGCUGGGUUAGGUGGUGGAGGGGGAGGUGCUGGGAUAAGCGGGGGCGUGAUGUUUGGCGCCUAUCUUACGGACCCUCCGCAUCCGGCUUCACAUUAUUAUGGGACGGGCGAAUGUUUUCUUUGGCGGGCUAGUGUGAUACCUUCUACACCAUUGAUGCAGGUGCGCUCCACGACUACGACUACAACUACGACUUCAACAGGAAAUGGGGACGGCGAGGAGAUGGCUACCGGUGCAGGCAUCGGGGCAGGGGGACGAGUACAGUCGACUGAGGGAGAUAAUAAUAAUAACCUGCUGGAACUGGCAGGGUUGCCUUUACCUCCCAGUGCGGAUACAACACAGGUUCGGGGCAGGACCACGACGCUGAGAGGUGAGGAGCGCAGUAAUAAUGUUAAUGACGCAAACUAUGACGGCAGUACAUUCUCUAGUCUGCAUGAGAGCCCAGCACGCAUUGAAGAUGGCCCGGAUACCGCCAGUACUACUGGGAAGAGGGGGGAUGGGGAUAGCAGCCGCAGCAGAUAUGGAGGAGAUCUACUCUCACCAACGCAGCGGCGGAGUGCGUCUCGCGGUACCACUGGUAGCGGCGACAAUGAUGGUUCUGGAGACGGUCAACAAGUUGCGCCAGCUAACUACCUUCCAACAGGUGCUAGCCGAAGCGGAAGCGGAGCCACCACGCCUGAGCGGAUUCGGUUCAAGGCGUUCCCCUAUAGCGGGGUUAAUGAUUAUAUGAUUUUUUGCGAGACGGGGUUUUUGAGUGUUGGGGGCGGAGACGGCCACUACGGGCUUUGGCUUGACGACUCUUUCGAGAAGGGCGUCAGCAACACGUGCCCGACUUUUGGCAACGAACCCUUAAGCGACGAGGGGACGAAGUUUGAUGUCUUGGGCGUUGAAAUCUGGUAUAUCGGAUCAUAAAGAGUUGUGGGGGGGUUGGGUUGGGGGAACUGGAGGGAUGGAGAAAAACCAAUAUUCACUUCGCACUUUCUUCUCCUAUGGCCAAUAGCUGAAUCUGAUGAUGUUAAUUACUCUCUCUGUAAUUCAUGAAUGGAUUAUUUUAUGCGUGGGACUUGUGUCUUGUCUUCUAUUCGGGGAUGACAUGAACAAUUCAAUUAUGCACGUGUCACCAGCCUUUCUUAACUAUCUCUCGAGCAAACCAUACAUCUAACCAAACGAUGUCUACUUGAACGGACGUUGAUUCACCAAUAACGGUGUAUUCCAACGUAUGAAUGUGACAUUUUGAAGGGCAUACUAAAGGGUAAGCAAC